GCCGGAAGCGGCUGGUGUUCUCUACAAAGGCGUCCGGGCGCGACCGGAAGCGGAGAGGCCGGGCGGGCUAUGGCGAAGGUUGGGUCCGGGAGGGUCAGGCGCUCGUGUCGGGGCCGGGGACAGCGGCGGCCCACGACCUGGGAGAUCUCGGACUCGGACACUGAGGGGCCUGUCGGCGCGGAAGCCGACUCAGAGGCCGCCGUGAGGGCCCGGGACCCGGCGGAGAAGCGCAGAGCGGCGGCCGAGGCGCUGCGGCUGCUGCGGCCCAAGCAGGCACUGCGGCGCCUGGCGGUGCUCGUGGACCCAGCCAUCCUGGAAGAUGCUGGUGCUGACAUCCUGAUGGAGGCCUUGGGCUCCCUGGGCUGUGAGUACCACAUCGAACCCCAGCGCCCCGCCCGGAGCCUUAGGUGGAGCAGAGUGAAGCCAGAACCUUGCCCCUGCAGUGUGCCUCCUGAAGUGUGGGCUGCGGGUGAGCAGGAACUUCUGCUGCUGCUGGAGCCUGAGGAGUUUCUGCAGGGUGUCUUCCAGCUGACCCAGAUCUGUGGCCCAGCCUGUUCAGUGCCCUGGAUCUCUCCUGAGAGCCCCACCUGCCUUCACCUGGCUGUCAUCGGGCUGGAUGCCUACCUGUGGUCUCACCAGCCCCAGGCCCAGGAGAUGCAGCAGCCAGAGUGUCCAGGGGUAGCCCGUGCCCAGGUGGCGGUCGGCUGGCCUGAAGUGGAGGAGGCCCUGGUGCUCCUGCAGCUCUGGGCAAACCUGGAUGUGUUGCUGGUGGCCUCCUGGCAGGAGCUGAGUCAGCACGUGUGCGCCUUCACCAAGGCCCUCGCCCAGCGCCCCUUCAAGCAGUUCCAAGAGUCCGGGACCUUUUCCUUCUGCACAGCUGGGCGCUGGGUGGCAGGCGAGCGCGUGACAAGAGAUGGCACAGGGCUUCGGGGGGCCUGGUGGCGACAGAUUAGGCAGUUCAACCGAGUCAGCCCGGCUGUGGCUGAUGCUGUUGUCACUGCCUUCCCUUCCCCCCGCCUUCUGCAGCAGGCGUACUCGGCCUGCGGCACUGACCAAGAGCGCCUGGCCCUCCUGGCUGAUCUCCCCGUGAAGGUGGAAGAAGGCGCUCGGCCCCGAAGGGUGGGGCCUGACCUUUCCCGGCGCAUCUGCCUCUUCCUGACCUCCACCAACCCUGACCUCCUGCUGGAUCUGAGCUCCUGACACGCAGGGUCUUCUCCCAUCGACAAACUGAACAGAAGGCACCGCGACAAGGGGGAGACCAGAAACCGAAGGGGUGGGGGGAGGAGAGCAGUCACCCAGCACA